GAACUGUCAAACCCGUUCGUGUGAUAAACAGAGCAAGCGAAAAGGGGAAGCACACAUCAACUUCCAUAACUUCCUUCCACAAGACCCGCGAAAACAGGAACAUAAAAAGCGAUGGAUCUGCUAGGUUCCAUCCUGGGCGCCAUGGACAAACCUCCAGCCCGGGACAAAAAGGAAAAGGAAAUGAUCGAAAAGCAAAAGAAGGAGCUGGAGAUGAUGCGCAACAAGGAACGCGACGAGCUGAACCGGUUCCGGAAGUACGCCGAAGAGAGAUUGGGACGGUUGGUGAAGGAUCCUGUGAGGACGUACAUGGAGUUUCAGCCACUGGACAAGGUGCACAGAUCGGUGGUUCACGACAUCGCCGAGAUCGCCGGCAUGGUCGCGAUGAGCUUCGGCGUCGAGGGCGUCGACCGGUACAUCGUGGUGUACAAAAAGGAAGGCAUGCCCUCGGAGGACGAACUCGCUGUCCGACGGAGCGGCGAACCGUGGAACAAGCAAACGGCGGAAGAGUACUGCGAGAAGAAAAAGCAACAGCAAAUGCUGGAAAAGGAACUGCGGAAGCGCCCACUCGAGGAGAAAGAGGUCGCCACUCCGGUCAGCAACUACAAAGACAAAUACGUCCAUCUGAUUGGACAGGACGCGGCGCUGGAGGCAGCUAAGAAGACAGAGUCCAACAAGACGUACGGUUAUGUUCCUAGCGAAAACAAACGCGACGUUCGCUCGAUCGAGCAAACUAUGGCUGAUAUUCAGGCGAAGAAGAAGCUCAAGACGCAGCACGCGGUGGAGGAACCGCCGGAGGUGAUCGUUGAUUCCUCCGCAGGAUCAACUUCCGGUCAACCUUAGAAGCGUUCGUCCAAAGACUUUGAAUUGUGCGUAUACAUCGUGUCGGUGUGUUUUUUUUUCUCGGUGGACCAACCAAAACGGAGAGUUGAUUUUUUUUAGCCACAGUUUUAGCUUUAGUAUCUCUUUUUUCUUAGUUGAUAAGCUUCGCGUCCACCGAUAUACGUAGGAAUUUAUUACGAGAUUACUGAAUUACUCGUCUCAGCAAGUAGCAAUAUCCAGUUUUAAGCAGAUUUAAACCAACUUAAACUCCCUCUCGCUGUCGUUCUUCCAGUAAUUGUGUAGAGAAAAAAGAAAAGAAACAAAACAAAACUUACAUGAGAAUAAAGAACGUUCUUUAUUCACCACA